AGCCACUGCCAUUGCCGAAGUAAUGGAAGUGACUCAGCCAGCAAUGGUGCUGGCCAACAGGCAAGGAGUCGCCAGCUUGGUGUGCAAAUACAAGCACAUUGGGAAUGCGAAGGAAAUUCGAGUGACUCUGCUUAAACAGACGGGUGACCGGUUCACUGAAAUUUGUGCUUCAACCUACACAACGGAGUUUAAAAUGUUCAGUGUGGAAGAGGUCAUUCAGUGCCAUGUUAGCCCUAGCCGAAACAAUGUGACCCUCACCCUCACUGGCCUGCAAGCUAAUGAUACUGGUCUUUAUGUCUGCAAGAUGGAGCGGAUGUACCCUCCACCCUAUUUUAUGAACAAGGGAAAUGGGACACAUCUCUAUGUCAUUGAUCCAGAACCGUGUCCAGACACUGCCAUAUAUCUCUGGGUAUUAGGAGCUACUGCCUCAGGAUUUUUUCUUUACAGCGUCAUCAUCUCAGCCAUUCUUGUGGGCAAAGCGAUAAAGAGAAGACGAUGUCUCACUACUGGGGUCUAUGUGAAAAUGCCUUCUGAAAAGCUAGAGAAAAAAGUGAUCCCAUUUCACAUCACUGUUAACUGAAACAAGGAAAGAGAGAAAACGUUUCCUAGCUGGGAUGGAGAGUGCUAAUUCACUUAAGUUAAAGAAAUAAAAUUAAUUGUCUUAUUACAAAGGUGUAUGGGAAGAAGAGAGAAUAUUCUUUGUAACUUCUAUGGUUUGGAGGAGAAUAAAUAGUUUAUGCAUUAAUAUUUCAAGGUUAAGCCUGUCACAUAAAAAUGGCUACAUUAGGCCAUUGAUUCUUUGACUUGUAUUGUACCAAUAUGUAGUCUAUAUAUAUACACGUAUAUAUAUGUAUAGCAUUAAGAGCUAUUGCUGUUGCAGCUGAGCAUCUUGCUGUCAAAUUUUACCAUGUCUACUGGUCAACUGAAAUCCAAACACUAUUGCAACAGAGGCUUGUGUGUCAUUGCAGGACUAAUCCUAUAGGUCUGGGGAGCAGAGGCAGAAGAGCACACUAAUGUACAAAGGAAUGUUGACUUGUUUCCCUGCAUUGCUAUUUAUUGGUCCCAUUUCUGGCAUUAGUGCUCUGCGCUUCCACAGAGGCAUCACCGUAAGCUGGCACCAAUGACACUGCUGCUCUAAAAGCCUGAUCUCAGCUCCUUUCACUGGCAUUGUGUUCCAGCAGUGCUGUGCUGUGCUGGAGUUAACAUUGAUGAUAUUUGAGCCAGUGCUGACAGCUUGG